AUGCCUCAUACCUUGGCAGAUACGAUCUCUGAUCCCGUUCCUAUUGUUUCAAUGUCGGUGUCCACGGAUAAUCAUGUGCAAAUUGGUGGCCGGAAGUCAGAACUCGCUCAAUGUCAAAAUAACAUUGUAAGGGCUUUGAUCGAGAAAGAAUUCCCUGAAUUAUCCUGCGAUGUUUUGGCGUUGAAUACUUUGGGAGAUCAGGUUCUCAAUAAACCACUCUACUCCUUCGGAGGAAAGCUGUUGUGGACGAAAGAACUUGAAAUAUUGUUGGUUGAGGGAGUUGGCCAGUACCCUCGUUUGGAUUUAAUUGUUCAUUCUUUAAAGGACAUGCCUACCACUCUUCCCGAUGAGUUUGAGCUUGGGUGCAUCUUGCACCGUGAAGAUCCCCGUGACGCUCUUGUCAUGAAAGCAGGGUCUCCUUACAAACUGCUUGCAGAUCUUCCCGCGGGACUGGUUGUAGGAACGCUGUCGAUUCGCAGACUGGCUCAGCUCUUAAGAAACUACCCUCAUCUCAAAUUCGAGUCUGUCAGAGGAAAUGUUCACACUCGCUUAGCGAAGCUCGACGAUCCGGAAGGAACCUAUUCAUGUUUGAUGCUCGCGAACGCUGGUUUGACCCGUCUCGGUCUCGCUCACAGGAUCACUACCCUUCUAGAUGCCCCUGAUAUGUAUUACGCUGUUGGACAAGGCGCUCUAGGGAUCGAAAUUCGGAAAGGUGAUGAGAAAAUGAAGAAUAUUUUGAAGAGACUUGAGGAUUUGCCCACCACCUUGUGUUGUCUUGCUGAAAGGUCGCUAAUGCGGUAUCUUGAAGGCGGUUGUUCAGUGCCUUUGGGCGUCAAAACAAAUUUUGAUGAAGAAAGUAAUCAACUUUCACUUAAAGCUUGUAUCGUAUCACCAGAUGGCACCAAAGUUGUUGAGGACGGAUAUGAGAUGAGAGUUACAACUAAGGAGGAUGCCGAGGCAUUAGGGAUCAAAGUAGGAGAUUUAUUGAUCGCGAAGGGUGGACGCGACAUUCUUGCUGCUAUCGAUUUUACCCGCAUCAAUCAAAGACCUAAUAUAUUGAGUGACGGGUCAGCGACUUCUUCACCAGCUCCAGCUUCACCAGCUUUGAAUUCGCUGGCUAUUCUUCCCUCCCCAGCUCAAGCUAAACAAGUCAACUGA